AUGCCCGUCACCAAAACCCCGCUGCCAGACGUCUCGAGCAACAGUCGACGGACCUCUUCGGCAACUGGUCGGCGUCGUCGAAUUGGCCUGAAAGCUGUGGUUGCUUCUCAUAGCGGUCAUAAACAGCUUGAUUUGGUAGACAAGACUUCAACGAUGCCUCUUGCAUUGGUUCCAAAAAUGCAUCCACUGCAGUCGCCUGUCUCUCUGCCACCAACACAUAGAGAUUUCCUUCUGCUACGAAGUCUUCCUGAACCUUCAGGUCCUGGCAUCGUUGAUGGUGUUGAGGAGGCAAACGGGCGGCUAAAUAGCGAUGACAUAUUCGACAUCAAAACUUCCGGUCGUCACUUGCUGUUUUGUGGAACACAAGUCAUCCAGACUCGCAACUAUGCUGAUGAACGCGUGCUAGCCGUUGUCUCUCGAACUGGCUUCCAGACGGCUAAGGGUGAAAUGGUGCGCGCCAUUCUUUUUCCCAAACCAAUGAAGUUCAAGUUCACCCAAGAUGCAUUUCAAUUUGUUGGCGCUCUGGCUGUAAUCGCAGUGAUUGGGUUUGGAAUCUCAGUCUACAUUAUG